AAGAGACGUGUAAAUACAAAGAGGACUUCAACGCGACUUUUUACAUUUUCUUCUUCUUCAGACAAGCAUAGAAGAGAACAAAAAGCCACCUCUUCUUCCCCUAACAGCAAAGAUAAACAGAGUAUUCUUUGGGGAAGAGAAAACCCAUAUGUGUAUAGAAGAUAAGGGGUUUUUGAUUUUCUUGAUUAUGGUCAACUGAAACUUGAUUUUUUUGUAAAUUUGUAAACUUGUUUCUUUCUGGAGAGAAUUGGGGGGAAAAUGGAAUUGGUUGAUCAGUCUGAAUCUUCUCCUUUGGUUCCUCCUUCUGUGAUCACUGACCCUAGUGAGAUCGAUCUUGAAGCUGGUUCUAGUGAACAGAUUCAGUGUAGGAUUUGUCUUGAGAGUGAUGGUAGGGAUUUUAUUGCACCUUGCAAGUGCAAAGGUACAUCAAAAUUUGUUCAUCGGGAAUGCCUUGAUCAUUGGCGUGCGGUGAAAGAAGGAUUCGCAUUUUCCCAUUGCACAACUUGCAAAGCUCCCUAUUACUUGAGAGUUCAUGUUCCCACUGAUAGAAAGUGGCGAACUUUAAAGUUCCGAUUCUUUGUGACCAGAGAUAUUUUGUUCAUCUUUCUCGCAGUUCAGCUUGUUAUAGCCUUACUGGGAUAUUUAGUUUACUUGAUCGACACCCACCAUAAGUCUUGGUUGCGUUUGACUUGGGGGUUUGAUAGCGAACUAAGCUUCUACUACCUAUGCGGGGCACUGUUAUUUUUCGCUCUGCUAGGCCUAUCUGGUUGCUUCAUCACCUGUUAUGAUCGAAGAGUGCGCAGUGAUUUGGCUCAACCCUGCCGCGAACUGUGCCUUUGCUGUUGUCAUCCUGGAAUAUGUGCAGACUGUCAUUUACCUGGUACACUUUGUAUGUGGACUGAUUGUACAACAUGCUUUGAAAGUUGUGCUGGUGCGGCCAGUGAGUGUGGAGGUUGCUUAGGAGGUGCUGGUGAAGCUGGGUUGCCACUAAUAUUUAUAAUGGCUUUAAUUGUGCUAGGACUAUUUACUGUCAUCGGCAUAUUUUACAGUGUUUUGGUUGCUACAAUGGUUGGACAGAGAAUAUGGCAGAGGCAUUACCAUAUACUUGCAAAAAGAAUGCUGACAAAGGAAUAUGUUGUGGAGGAUGUCGAUGGUGAGGUCAAUGGAAAUGAUUGGUCUCCACCAGCUCUGCCACUGGAGCAUGUUCAGCAGCUGAAAUCACUUGGACUUAUGUAAAAAUUUGAGGAUUUUGACAUAAAUGAAACUCCAUAUAAUUGGGGCUCUCAUCAUGUGAUUUAAUAGUAUAAGCAGUUAGGCCUGCAAGGUAUAGUAAGGUCUGUGUACAUCAUACCCUCUCCAGACCCCUUUUGUGGGAUUACACAGGGUAUGUUAUUAUUGUUGUUGUUGUAGUUAAACCUGCAUGAGAUAAUUCUUCUUGACGGAGCGAAAAUCCCUUUCAACCCAAUAUUGUUCAUAUUUUGAGGAUGUUCACAUGUAAUUGUUAACAAAAUUGUCCCUUAACAAUCUAAAUGAAUUAACAAUUGCAAUCUGGUUUAUUUAAAUCA